AUGGAAUAUAGAGAAGUCAUACAUGACAUCUUAAAGGGAUUGAAGCGACUUGAGGACUACAAUGGAGUGGAUGCAGAAGAGUAUGAGUCGAUGUUAAAGUCAGCGAUCAACUAUUUGAAGUAUAUUUUGGUAUUGGAUGGACAUUAUCACAUAUUGGGCUUAACAACUAAUAUCGAGACAAUUGGCUAUACCCACGAUGUAGCAUAUCGUGGAGCACCAGGCACAAAUAAUAUCGAAUUUUCCAACGUUUUGAACCAUCUCAAAUCGCCGACGAGUAGUAGUGGAGGCUCCAUACGUUCCAUACUUGAGGUUCUUUCAAAUCCAUCGAAUCCAUUAAGAAUCAAGUCGGAAUAUUAUUCAAUAACGGGGAGGCUAGUUGUCAUUUUGCGCAGUGUAAUCAAAGCAAGGGACGAUGCAGAGCGUAAGCUCAAAGAGUUUGUAUGCUCCUGUAUUCUAUAUGAUUUGAACUUUUAUAGGGGCAAAAUCAGCGAUGAUAUGGAAGACACUCAAAUGCUAGCAGAUAUUGUGGAAUCACAAACUGUUGAAAGAGAGGAAAAUUCAGUGUUUAGCAUUUCAGAACCAGUUGAUAUAUACCAUCCACUUGAACUCGAAUCAAACAAUGGCACAUUUUUGACGAUUUAUCGUCUUCUUUUACCAGUUUUAGUUGUACGUCCCAGGGUAAGUGUGUGGAAGGUAGCAAGCUCGAUAGUAGAGGUGUUCAAGAGGGACCAAAAAAUAACUUAUUUCGAGAGCACUGAGGAGGAAGUCGAUAUUGCAUCAUUACUCCCCACAAUGCACAAAGAGCUCAAUCAAAAAUAUCUCGAGGAAAUAGUGGAAAAGCCGGCGUGUGACUCGGAAAAAGAUGAAAUUUUAGAUCCUAUGUCGGUGUACCCCAGCCUUGUACAAGUUGUCAACGAGCUUCAAGACUUCAGCAAGAACGUAAAUCCAAAUUUUCCUCGUCUUUUUAGACACUACCUCAAAUUCAUGGACAUGAACUUAUCAAGUACGCGAAAGCAGGAUUACGAUUUUAUUGAAGAGGUGCCUGAAGUGGUACAUUCAAUCCUCAAAUCGGAUUCUGCUGUAGACUUGAAAGGCGUGCUAGAGAGAUUUAUUUACCUUCAGUCUUUACUACUGUGUGAUAACCCUUCAGGUCUGAUGACAUUGCUAAUGCGUGCAAGUUGGUUUGAUUUCGAAAAAUUGCAAAGACUAAAGGAAUACGCGUUUGAAAUUUGGCGAGGCAGAUUGAAAAAAUUAGAUGAGGUUGAAAAUCGGUUCUCAAAAUGGGACACGAGACCACAAAUACUUUCCAAAUGGCGACUGAUUACUGAAUGGGUAAAGUUGCAAGAAGCAGCCACCGUAUCUCACUAUGAGGAAAAGUUACAAUUAAUUAUGAUAUGGAAAUUGAAAGUUACUCUAAAAAAGAUGAAGGAGAACAAUGCGAGAGCAAGACAAGCGAACUUAAGGCGAUAUUUCAAAUGGUGGACCAACCAACUCUCAAUGGUCAGGACAGAUCAAGCCCUAGCUGUGCGACAUUAUGAAAAUACUUUACUUCAGAAGUGCACAAGUGUCUGGAACAAGAAAGAGAAAAAUAGGAAGCAAACAAUUGCCAAACUAAAUGAGGAUUGUGAAGCCUUUAAUGAGGUUCGUCGCCAAUGGCUUUUAAGACGAACCUUUACGAAUUGGUGUGGGAAAUUGAGUUCGCAGCGCGGGACGCUCGACUUGUUUUCCAAGUUGCAAAAAUUCAAAGAAAUCAGAAAUGAAUUUACAGUUGAAAUUUGGUUCCAGAAGUGGCGGCAAUCCACCGAAAUGAUUUUUAAAGUUGAGCAGCUCAAAAGGAAACACAACCGCAUGGUGGUACAUAUUGUGUUUGACAAGUGGAGAAGUCAGUUGCAUCUAGAUGAACGGGCGCAGCAUAUCAUUCAUGACCGGAAUAUUGCAACAAAGCAAGGGUUAUUUCAGAAAUGGAAGAUGGAUGCGAUGCAGAAACAAGAUCUGCGGUCAUUUUGGAAUGGCAAACUCAUUCACCGCUAUUUCAAAAAAUGGAAAAUGAUCACCCUAGCAAAUUUGUUUGCAGCAUCGUGGGAAACGCAAGCGUUGAAAGAUACACUCAAACAUUGGAAACUUCAAACAAUUGAGAAAUACUGUCGUGAUAUAAAAGAUAAAGACUUUGUAGUGUCCACUUAUGACAAGUGGGAGGAGAAAUAUAAAGUUGCCGCAAUACAAAAUGAGAAGGCUGCAGCGUUUAACAGUAGGAGGUUGAGAAAAUUGUGCUAUAAACAGUGGAAGUCAUCAUUGUAUGGGGUCGAAGAUUUGCAGUUUAUGGCCAACACUGUUGUUCAGAAGAAGUUUUUUACCAGAUGGAGGAACUGCCACCGCAAGUGGACGAAGGGGUACGAAAAUGUCAGGUUUGGUAACGAACACACGAUCAAGCGCGUGAUGUCAAUAUGGAAGUACAAGUACGAUUUUGUUCUAGAGAAGAGGCUAUCUAGUCGGAUACCACUCUUGACUGAUUACUCAAACUUACUAUUGAAAGUGAGAUAUUUCACCAAGUGGAGAGAACAAAAUCUAUACCAAUUGGAGUUGCAAAGCAUCAACCUUGAGUACACACCAAGCUUUCGUACAUACGUUUACCACUGGUUGAGUCGUCUCGAUGAAGUUCGCGGAUUGAAUGAAAGAAUCGCCAUUUAUGAGAAAGGAUUGAUUGAUCGAACCUUUUCACUUUGGCGGUUUCGACUUGAGCAGUUAGACUCCAUUAAUGAGAAAGCAGAGGACCAAUUAGCUCAGCGAAAUUUUGCAAUUUUGAGACAAAGCACACAGGAUUGGAUAUACAAGCUCAACAAGAAUGUGAAACGAAAUUAUCAACUGUUGGAAACUUUUCAAGAACGGACCGAUAAGCGAUUGGUUAGAAAUGUGAUACACUUAUGGCUGCAGAAACAUAGAGAUAAGGUGGAGGAAGAGGAGCUUGCCAAUGAAACAUAUGUGAGUAGUUCUUCUCCCCUUGCUAGUAGAACUCAUCAACAAAGGCAACAAAGGGAAAGUAAUGGGAUCCCCACUCUACAGAGGCACUUUUCUCCAAACAAGAUAUCGACUCCGAGGCCAAAAGUACCCAGUCCGUCAAAAUUGCAAGAAACAUCGCAACGAAUGAGAUAUCAACAAGUGUCGCAACUACGAGAACGUUUUGGUAGGGCUAAAUUGUCACCACGUUAUAACAAGUCAAUUUCACCAGUGAAACUAAACUAUGAUGUGGAUCUUUCUCCACCAAAAGAUGAAAUUGGACCUCAGUUAAAAAACGAGUACCAGAGUCCCCAAUCAUCCAAUUCAUCUAGUCCAACUGAAAUUAAAUCUCAAUUAGAUGUCGCUGAUUCAUCGUUGAUAUCUACGGCGAAGAGGAUGGGACGUAUAAGACCGAUUGCAUUUCCUACUGGAGAGGAUGUAGUUGAUGUCAGACUCUCACCCGCUAGCAAGGUCAAGAGAGAAUCUAGAAUAUUGAUAUAA